UGUAUUUUCCACAUCACGUUAUCUUCUUACAUUAUUAGAUUUUCAUCUUAUCAGUAUAGAACGCUCAGAACUCAGAAGGUGUUGACGGUACUCUCUGCCGCCACCAUAGCCACUUUUCAGUUCAAUAAUUUGUUAUUCCGAUGGCUUCCAGCAGUAUCACUCCCAAGACAUUGCUGCAAAGAAAAUAUGACGUUUUCGUUAGCUUCAAUGGUGAAGACACACGCCUUAGUUUCACAGAUCAUCUUUUCGGUGCACUCCGAAGAAAAAGCAUUGCUGCAUUCAGGGAUGAUACACAUAUCAACAGAGGUGAAUCCAUAGCACCCGAGCUCUUCCGAGCAAUUGAAUCCUCUCAGAUUUUCAUUGUGGUUUUCUCUAAGAACUACGCUUCCUCAACUUGGUGCUUGCGAGAAUUGGAACACAUUCUUCUUCACUGCGGUCAACCAUCAGAAAAACGUGUUCUCCCUGUUUUCUACGGUGUCAGACCUUUUGAGGUGCGAAGGCAAAGUAGGAGUUAUCAAAACGCCUUUACUCGACAUGAACAAACAUUCCGUCAUCACCCCGAGAAAGUUCAACGGUGGAGGGAAGCUCUCACCCAAGCAGCCAAUAUCUCUGGAUGGGAUCUACAUGAUAAGCCACAAUAUGCAGAGAUUGAAAUUAUUGUUCAAGAUAUAAUAGAUACGUUUGGUUACAAAUUUUCAUAUCUUCCAAAUGAUUUAGUUGGAAUGCUUUCUCCUAUAGAGGAAUUGGAAAAAUGUUUACUUUUGGACUCAGUUGAUGAUGUUCGGGCUGUUGGAAUUUGUGGGAUGGGCGGAGUAGGGAAGACAACUCUUGCUUCUGUUUUAUAUGGCAAAAUGAAAGUCUCUAAUCACUUCGAAGUGUGCUGUCUUAUUGACGAUGUAAGUAACAUUUUUCGAAAAGACGGUCCAAUUGGGGUACUCAAGCAAAUUCUACAUCAAAUUCUAGGCGGAGAACACCGUGAGAUAUACAAUCUUUAUGAUGCAACUAAUUUGAUACAGUGUAGACUAUGUCGUUGUAGGGUUCUAUUAGUUUUUGAUAAUGUUGAUCAUAGGGAACAAUUGGAGAAACUUGCUGUGAAUCGUAAAUCGUUAGUUGCAGGGAGUAGAAUCAUUGUAGUUUGUAGAGAUGCUCAUAUCUUGGAAGAGUAUGGAGUGGAUGCACUUUACAAAGUUCCACUCUUAAAUCAGACAAACUCUCGUCAAUUAUUUUAUCGAAAAGCCUUCAAAUGUGAUAAUAUUAUGAGUGAUACCUAUAAGGAGUUGGAAAAUGACAUAAUAAAUUAUGCUGAUGGCCUUCCACUAGUGAUUAAAGUAUUAGGUUCAUUUUUGUUUGGCCGAAGUAUCUCUGAAUGGAAAAGUGCUUUGGCUAGAUUGCGAGAAAGUCCAAACAAAGUUAUUAUGGAUGCGCUGCAGUUUAGUUUAUACGGGCUAGAGAAAAUGGAAUUACAAAUAUUUCUUGACAUUGCUUGUUUUUUCAACGGGCGUGAGGAAAAAUUUGUUAAACAUGUUUUAAAUUGUUGUGGAUGUCAUCCUGACAUUGGAUUAAGAGUUCUUGUCGAUAAAUCACUUAUAAGCAUUUCAGCUGAAAGAAAGAUUGAAAUGCAUGCUAUGUUGGAAGGGCUAGGUAGAAAACUUGUUCAACUACAUUCAACUGAAGAAACAAGAAAAUGGAGUAGAUUGUGGGUCCAUAAAGAUUGCUACGAUGUUAUGUCAGAGAAUAUGGAAAAGAAUGUUGAUGCCAUAGUUUUGAAUGGAAAUGAAAGCGAUACAGAAGUAUUGAUGGCUGAUUCAUUGUCAAACAUGAGUCGUCUUAGAUUGCUCAUACUUAUGGGUGUUAAAGUUUUAGGAAGCCUCAACAAUCUUUCUAAUCAAUUAAGGUAUGUUGAAUGGACGAGCUAUCCUUUCAUGUAUUUGCCAUCAAGUUUUCAGCCCAAUCAACUUGUUGAGUUGAUAUUGAAGUAUAGCAGCAUCAAACAACUCUGGGAAGGCAAGAAGAAUCUGCCCAAUUUGAGGACUCUGGAUUUAAGCUACUCUGAAAAUUUAAUCAAGAUGCAAGAUUUUGGACAUGUCACGAAUCUUGAACGGCUAAACCUUGAAGGGUGUGUAAAGCUUGUGGAGUUAGAUCCAUCAAUUGGUCUUGCGAAGAAGCUUGUUUUCUUGAAUUUGAAAAAUUGCACAAGUCUUAUAUGCAUACCUAACUGCAUAUAUCAUCUCAACUCUCUUGAAUAUUUAAAUCAUUGCAGUUGUUCCGAAGCGUUUAACAAUCCAUGCCAUUUAGAAUUGCUUUCCUUGGCCAGCUUACAUGCUUUGUGCGAACUUGAUAUUAGUUUUUGUGGUCUAAGCCAACUCCCAGCAGAUACUAUUGGAGGUCUGCAUUGUUUACAAAUAUUAAAUUUAGGGGGAAACAAUUUUGUGACACUACCUAGUCUCGCACAGCUUUCCGAACUUGCAUAUUUGAAUUUGGAGCAUUGCAUGCUGUUGAAAUCUUUUCCCGAGCUUCCUUCACCUACUGCUAUCAAGCCCAGCAAAUAUUGGAGAGCAGGGAUGUAUAUUUUCAACUGUCCUGAAUUGGUUGACAGGCAAAGUUGCAGUAGCAUGACUUUUUCAUGGAUGAUGCAAUUCGUUCUAGCAAACCAAGAAUCCUCUUCCUCCUUUCAUUGGAUGGAAAUUGUUAUUCCCGGCAGUGAUAUUCAAAGCUUGUUUAACAAUCAGAAGGUGGGCAGAUCAGUGACAAUAAACCCAUACCAUAUUAUGGAAGACAGUAAUGUCAUUGGAGUUGUUUGUUGUGUAGUAUUUUCUGUGGCGCGUCGUGAACCAACUACAACUGCAAAUGGACAGAAACCUGUCUUAUAUCUAAGCUUUCGUAGAGAUGACAAAAAGGUUCAUUUUAGCAUUCUACUUGAUACAACUCUUGUUAUGGACCAAUCGAGUCACAUGUGGUUAACCUAUUUCACUAAGGAAUCAUUCUUUAAUAUUCUGAAAGAUAUAGACAAUAAAGAUGGCAAUUCUAUGAGAAUAGAAGCUUUCAUUGUAGACAAAGGUUUGGGUGUGAAGGUGAACAGGUGCGGGUAUUGUUGGGUAGAUAAACAAUAUCCACUACCGUUAAAUUAAUAAACAUGCAAGCAGAAAUUUGUUAGCUUGGAACCACAACUUUUUUGGCAAUUGAACAUGAGGCACAGUGAGACAGUGACAUGAUUUUCAUCUACUUGAAAAAUUGAAGCAGACACGUGGUGUCUUUUCUUUUUA